AUGUGCGCCUACCUGAGUUACACGAUUUCAAUUUCACAAAAUUUUCGAGCCGUCGCCUUCUACGAGUACUGGUGUGCAGUGGAGCGUGAGAAACAGUCCACACUGGAGCGACAGCAACAGUCCACAACAUCAACAGCGCAUUGGAGGAGGACACCACUUCCAGCGGUACCGUCCAUCGCUGGUUCCUUCGCUUCAAGAAAGGUGAUGGGCUUCGAAGACAAGCCUUGGUCUGGACGCCCCUCGCCGUCAACGACUCCGUCAUUCUCAGCACCGUCAAAAGAGGAUCCGGAAGUUAACACCCGCAAUCUCGCGACAAGACUUGGGUAUGCCUAA